AUCCAACUAUUGAACACACAAGCAGAGACGUUUUACGUGUAACAUAUACGCGAUACUCUUUCUCAUGAUGGCGAGAAACCUGCUUGAGGAUUCAACCGACCCUUGGAAAUAUGCCAUUAUUUCAAGUAAGUUCUUACUAUUUUUCAUCGAUGGCGGGAUAAGCAAGUCGUUUGGAGUCCUACUCCCCGAUGUCGUCGACCGAUACGACAGCGACUUCAAGACUGUUGCCUUCGUUUUGGGUCUACCGAGUACGAUGAUGUACUUCACUGCCCCCAUCACUAUAUUCUUGAUGAAGAUAAUGACUCUCAGGACCAUGGCGAUGAUCGGUGGUUUGUUAUGUGCCUUACCAACCAUCUGUGCUUCAUGGGCUCCAUCCAUAUAUAUACUCGGAAUGAUGCUAGCUGUAACAGGUUUUGGCAUGGCCCUCACCUAUUUCCCGAUAAUGGUUUCCAUGAAUCUCUUCUUUACCAAAUCUUUCAUCUUUGCAAACGCCCUUACCCUCUUCGGGAGAACGUUCGGUGCUUUUCUUGUUCCUGUCAUCACAGAGAGGUCUCUGGAGGUCUAUGGAUACCAUGGCGGGUUUCUGAUCCUGGGAGGUAUUGCUUUACACACAGUGGUUUGUGGUGCAAUCGUCAGACCACCUCAGGAAGGGAGACAGGAUAACUUACACUCUUCUGACGACGCAGAAGGAGAGUCAUUGAUAAAAGUCCCGACAUCAGAACAAACAGACAGAAGAGAGACGGCAACAUUCUUGCAAAAGACAAUCGAAGAAAAAUCCAAGAAGGAAGAGAAGAUGAGAUCGUUGGGUGACCAUGGUGACACUAGCCCCUGGUGCUCACGGAAUUCAUUUUUGGCCCAACUGAAAUCUUUUAUCUUCGUUCAGGAGCCCAUGUACACCCUCGUCGCCCCAUCAAUGAUCCUGCAAUGUUUUGUACAUGCUGCUUGGGUGCUGUUCCUUGUACCCCACGCAGAAGAUGCGGGAAUUAACCUAUCCAAUGCCGUCUUUCUCUCCAGUAUAGCAGGCAUUAGCGGUACAUUUGGUCGCAUCCUGUACUUAGUUCUCCUUCACUUUAAAUUUGACAAUACCAUCAUCUUCUGUUUUGCUUGCUUUACAUGUGCGAGUUCAUUUUUCCUCGACUUCGUGAGUUCGACCUAUAUUUUCCUUGCAGUAAUGGCGUCCAUUCAAGGUUUUACCAUCUUUAUAUUUGAUUGUUUACCACACGCGAUGAUGAAACUAUCAGUUCGAGAUCAAAAGAAUAUUCCUCGAGCUAUUGCAGCAAAUUCAUUUUUAUAUGGCAUAGGUUACCUAUCGGGAGAUGUGAUAUCAGGUUGUAUCUAUGACGUCACAUCCUCGUUCAGGACGUUGUUUGUUGUGUACGGUGUGCUUCUCGUCAUCACUACAAUCAAUCUGAUGAUAUUCAAGCUGAUUUAUCGACAAAAAUAAAAUAAAAAGUCCACUCAAAAUAAGUUAGGUUUUUAGUACUUAAUUUGCAUACGAGUCAGGAUUUUGAAUAAGAUGAUAUGAUUAAUAUUACGGAGGUUGGACUUUCAUACAGCUGUGCGUCAUUAAAAGUGAUAGAAUAGUAGCGGUAAUAAUGACCAAUUAAUCCGAAAAUGACAAGGAACUUCUACAACGGGAACGUCACCAAACUAUGUAUAUUGAGUUUAAAACUGUAAUGCAAUGAAUCCUUGAAGAACCAUAGAAGAAGUCGUGUUAAUAGCUAAAAGGUUAAAAAGUUCAAAAACUAAGGUUAAGAAGAUUAAUAAAGGAGGGGUUUCAUGAAGAACAAGAAGGUUAAAAUUUCAUGUCAUCCAGGCGCUAUUUUGUUACAAACUAUGUCUAGCGAAACUUUUUGACUGACUACAUUAGAACAAAAGGUGGCGGUAAUGCAAUAGAUGCUACUUUACGGGUUGCACGGGCCUAAUCACAACUGGCAGGCCAUAGAUAUUCAUUCAAGCAAACCCAUUGCUCAAUUUUUAUAUCUGAUAUUGAUGAUUGACAAAAAUGAAGGAAUAUGACUGACAAUCUAACACUGAUUCUAGGGAGGGUACCUACUGAACUUACUUUUUCCAAAUUGGAAAGAUUAAUGUAAUACUAUAGAACUAUAGAACUAUAUUUUUACUGGCGGAAGAAUUAGGGUCAUUUUACUCUCUCAAGUGAUGAAUUUGGUCCCGUCAGGUGUAGUCUUCAUAAAUGCUGAUUUAUUUUUAAAAUGAGCCGGUCGAGGUACCCUUUUCUGGUCAGAUAUGGAAUGUCAGACAUUUAUCCUAUUCACUGGUAGUAAACAUUCAACCCUCGAAUUUCCUCCUUAUUUUUUAUGAAUUCUUCUUAAGUGCCACUUUAACACACGAGUCUAUGGGAAAUCAAUUAGGCCUGUGAGCCCUACGGUCUACUACUACUUCUACUACUACUACUACUACUACUACUACUACAAAAACUACUGCUGAUAGUUAUGAUGAUUAUAAUUAUAAUAAUAACAAUGAUAAUGAUAAUAAAAAUCACAAUAUAUAUAGAUAACAAUGGUAAUAAUAAUAAAGCUAAUAUAAGCCUUCGAUUUGUUCCACUUACAUUGAUAUUACCCGUUACAAGUGGUUAAUUGGUAUUUCUGCUUUGUAUGUUGAAAAUUAUUGAUAAAGAAACCAAUAAAUUCAAAUUUAAAGACACAUUUUGCAUUAAAAUCUACGACAAAUUUUCACCUCAGAGGAGAUGUUGUAAUCUUAUGCUGCCGUUACAACAAUUAUAUUGUAAUUUAUCUAUUAAACCCAGUAGUCGUGGUGUUUUUUAGUACUGUCACUCGAUUCCGACUUGAAAGUAAAAAGUCUGCGAGCGAGUGGCGCCGUCC